CAUCUUUCUUACCUCGCUUAACUCUUCUUCAUGCCCCCCCUCCAACGGCCAUCGCGGAAUUCUCUUUACUUCGCUUCUUCUUCUUCUUCUUCUCUGGCGCAGUCUUCUUACAUAUGCCAUUUUUUACACUCAUUGCGCUGGACGUUUUUGUUGUUGUAAAUAGGCUUUUCUUUUUCUCCUUUUUUUUUCUUUCUUAUUUUCGCUUUUCUUUUUGGUCUAUACCCCUUUUUCUUUUUGAAGAAUAUGGAAACAUUACCACAAAAUCUUUUACUCUUUUUCAUACUUUUCUUGAUGUGUGUGUGUGUGUGUGUGUGUGUGUGUGUGUGUUUGACUUUUUUUUCUUUUGGAUUAGAUCCUUGGUUUUUUUUCUUCUCAAAAGGAAUGGUAACAGUGAUGCCGAAUGAACAGGUCUUUUGCGUUAUUCUAUAUCUGCAAUGUGUAAAAGGUGUUUCUU